AUGUCUAUACCAUUCGUCUGCAGGCGCUGUCGCCACGGGCUGCUUCGUCAGACUAUACGCGACGCUGCUGGCAAGCGACAUUACACGCGACCAUCUUUUGCACCGAGACCCAUCCUCGACGUCAAGCACAUUCGCAACAACCCGGGAUUGUACGAGCAAAACUGCAUCGAUCGCAACUAUGGCCCAUUUGCGAAGAAUGGCUGGCGUACAUUGGAACUGCACGAGAGGUUGACGAAACAGCAAUCCGAACUAAAUGAGUCGCGGCGGAGAAGCAAUGUGAUAGGCAAAGAACUGAGUCGACAUGCCGCGAAUGGAGGCGACGAUGAGGGAAAGACGGCAUUGCUAGAAGAGGCGAAAGCGCUGAAGGCGAAGCUCUCCGGCUUUGAGGCAGACGAGAAGGCCAUGCACGAAGAGAUGCAACGGCUGGCAUGGGAGUUGCCCAAUCUGAGCUCGCUGGACACGCCGGUGGGAGAUGAGCCGCAACUCAGAGCCACGAUCGGCGAGAGAUUGUCGACCAACACGAGUGGGAAGAGCCAUGUGGACAUCGGUAAGGAGCUCGAUCUCCUCGACUUCGAAGCCAGCGCGACAACGAGCGGAUGGGGCUGGUACUUUCUCCAGAAUGAGGCCGCUCUGCUUGAGCAAGCUCUGAUUCAAUAUGCUCUCUCAGUCGCCAUGAAGCGCGGCUGGAAGGUCAUGACACCACCUAGCCUAGUCUACUCCCACAUCGCCAGCGCAUGUGGGUUCAUGCCGAGAGACCAGCAUGGCGAGACACAAAUCUACAACAUUGAGCAGCAGCACGUGCAGAACAAGAACGACGAUCGGCCUUCCCUCGUCCUGGCGGGCACCGCGGAGAUCCCCUUCGCUGGCUCACAGGCCAACAGGACAUUGCGCGCAGAAGAUAUGCCUCUCAAAGUUAUAGGUCCUUCUCGCUGUUAUCGCGCAGAGGCUGGCGCUCGAGGUGUAGACACGAAAGGAUUGUACCGUGUGCACGAAUUCACCAAAGUCGAAAUGUUCGCUUGGACUCUCCCGCCAUCUGACCAUGAGGCAGAUCGCUUCGGAGAUGUGGAGACUCCUCAAGCCGAAGAAAUCUUUGCAGAAAUGCUCGAGAUCCAAACGGAAAUCCUCACAUCACUCGGCCUAUAUGGAAAAGUGCUGGAGAUGCCUAGUACAGAUCUUGGUGCGAGCGCUACAAGGAAGGUUGAUAUUGAAGCUUUCUUUCCUUCAAGAUCGUCGAUCAAUGAUGGCUAUGGAGAGCUUACAUCUGCAUCCAUCUGCACUGACUACCAAACCAGACGACUGGGGACGCGAUUGAAAGGUGCAACGGGACGGCUGCUGUGGCCGCACACAGUCAACGGGACCGCAAUGGCUAUUCCGAGAGUUCUAGCUUGCAUACUGGAGAAUCAUUGGGAUGAAGAGAAAGGAGCGGUAGUUGUGCCCGAAGUACUUCGAGCGUAUAUGCCUGGCGGCAUGAAAUGCAUCGAGCGAAAUAAUGGAGGGGCAUGA